ACAGAUGACCAUGGAAGAAGGUGGAAAAAAAAACCAAAAAUAAUCUGAGCGGGGCGGCCAUCUUCUUUGUGCUCGCCGAGGCAGGGUUACGGUGUAAGUGAAGACGGAGGAGAACCGCAGCGGGAGGGAACAAACCGCGGAUGUUUAUUUUUAUUCAGACCAGGAAUAAUUUACACGACGGGUCCGCCGCCACCCUGAGGAGAAUCCGCAUGGUUGUGUCUGCGGUGAGGUUUUCCUCCUAGGGAUUCGGUGAGGAAAUCCGCUCCCGUCAAACCAGUGGGACUGCUAGCUGCGGAGCUAAGCUGGCGGCUAGCCGGGCUAGCUAGCUGUUCGAUAACCGAGCCCUGGUCGUCAGCGGUGGAUCGAGGGCUGCGGGUCCGCUCGGUAACGUCGCGGCUGCUGGUGAAUGGCUGUUUUCCACCAGCGGACUCUGAUCCCGGCUAACACUUCCGACACGUCGCUGGGAGCAGCGCGUCAGAUGUUCAUUUUAAAUAGAAAGACGCCGUGAACAGUUCGGGUUCAACUUUUCCUUCGACGUGACGGUCUGGGAGGUUUUUGUUUUUAAAAGGAGGGAUUUGGUUCGACUUUGCCAUCGACCGGCUACAGCUGGAGCUCCACUUAAUCCCGCUUCCGAAACACAGCAAAUCAGUGCAGGUCAAUGAAAAUGUCCUGUCUGAUGCCCGAGAAAGAGGCUGCUUCUCUGCUCCGGUUCGCACCCAGUUCGACUGCGGGCUACCAAGCGUACAACGGCCACUGACAUUACCACCUUUAAUUACAGGGCGAACCGCUCCGCUCAGCCGGGUUUGAUUCCCAUGAAGAGACCCGACAGUCAGACGGUGUUCCCCGGCUUGUCGGCGGCCGGACUGUGAGCAGGCUCUCCUCUGUAACCUCAUUUCAGUGAAAUGUGCCAUUUUGUCACGUUAAAACUUUAAGCCAGGACUGCUGGAGGUGUGAGCCGGGACACGCUGCAGGUUCUCGGUAUGCACCACCUGUCCACGCCAGUGUAAACGGACGGUUCUUCAAAUUAACUUAUACUUAUUAUUUUUUUAAGCUUUGGAUUAUAACCACAGAAACGGAUCUCUGUGCGUGGAUCCACAAUGGGAUCAGCGACCAAACUGGCCUUCAGUGUUUUCCUCAUCUCCUGCUCCUCAGGUGCCAUCCUGGGUCGCUCAGAGACUCGGAAGUGUGUCCACUACAGCUACAGCCCUUCAUCGUACUCUUCUCCCUCUGCGGCGUCGGAGGGCCGGGGGAACGUCAGCGGCGUGGUGACCUGCUCCGGGGAGAAGGAUAAGAGGCUGCACUGCUUCGCCACCUGGAAGAACGUCUCAGGAGCCAUCCAGGUGGUCAAACAGGGAUGCUGGCUGGAUGAUGUCAACUGCUACGACAGGAGCGAGUGUGUGGAGAAGAAGGACGCUCCUGAAGUCUUCUUCUGCUGCUGCGAAGGCAGUUUGUGUAACGACAAGUUCCUCUACAGCCCCGACAGCAGCCCGCCGCAGAUACCCACGACAAACAAGCCGGUGACGUCUCCGCCCCCGGUGCUGACCACUCUGAUGUACUCGCUGGUUCCUUUCAUGGUCAUCACCGUCGUCGUCCUCGUCUCCUUCUGGAUGUACCGACACCACAAGCUGGCCUACCCGCCUGUCCUGGUGCCCACACAGGACCCCGGUCCCCUGCCCCCGUCCCCCAUCCUAGGCCAGAAGCCGCUGCAAUUGCUGGAGAUCAAAGCCAGGGGGCGCUUCGGCUGUGUGUGGAAGGCUCGGCUGCUCAGCGAAUACGUCGCGGUCAAAAUCUUCCCCAUACAGGACAAGCAGUCGUGGCAGAACGAGUUUGAGAUCUACAACCUGAACGGGAUGAGACACGAGAACCUGCUGCGCUUCAUUGGAGCCGAGAAGAGAGGGAGCAACGUGGACACGGAGCUGUGGCUCAUCACGGCCUUCCACGACAAGGGUUCUCUGACAGACUACCUGAAGGCCAACGUUCUCUCCUGGUCCGAACUGUGUCUCAUCGCUCAGUCCAUGUCUCGGGGUCUCGCCUACCUGCACGAGGACAUACCUGGACACAAGGAUGGACACAAACCCGCCAUAGCGCACAGGGACUUUAAGAGUAAGAAUGUCCUGCUGAAGUCCAACCUGACUGCCUGCAUCGCCGACUUCGGCCUCGCUCUCAGGUUCGAGGCAGGAAAGUCUCCAGGAGACACCCACGGACAGGUGGGGACCAGGAGGUACAUGGCCCCAGAGGUCCUGGAGGGGGCCAUUAACUUCCAGAGAGAUGCCUUCCUGAGGAUUGACAUGUACGCUCUGGGCCUGGUGCUGUGGGAGCUCGCCUCGCGCUGUAAAGCUGCUGACGGUCCCGUGGAUGAGUACAUGCUGCCGUUUGAGGAGGAGGUGGGUCAGCAUCCGUCUCUGGAGGACAUGCAGGAGGUGGUGGUCCACAAGAAGCUGAGACCGGUGCUCAGAGAAAGCUGGCAGAAACACACUGGCCUGGCGUCGCUCUGUGAGACCAUCGAGGAAUGCUGGGAUCACGAGGCCGAGGCCCGGCUGUCGGCCGGCUGCGUGGAGGAGCGGGUCGUGCAGAUGCAGCGACAGACGAGCGUCACGGCGCCCGAGGAGAUCGUCACGGUCGUCACCAUGGUAACCAACGUGGACUACCCGCCCAAAGAGUCGAGCCUAUGACGAGGCUCCGGUCCGGUCAGUGAUGGAGCGCGGACUCGCCCGGUGAACGCUCCGCCUCUGAGCACGGGUCGGCGGUCAGGUGACCUCUGGCCGCAGGUGAGUCUCAGGCUGAUGAGAAGCUCUUUGAACUGGACGCCAACCUCGCGGAGAGUCUGUCAUCAGUUCCUGUUUUUUUUUACUACAAAAUAAAAGACUUUCUACAGCGAUGUGAGGAUGAAAACAGUUUGUCAGAUUUCAGUAUAAAAGGACGACGUGCGUUUUUAGACUCAUGCUGUGACGCCACGAAGGAACAGCCUCUGAACGUCGGCAUCACUGACACGCGUGUCGGCGAGUCAGAGAGUGGAAUAAUCAUGGAUCCACACAGGAAGUGUUCUGUUCCAUCAGAGGGAGAAACCGGAGGCGACCGUUCGAUGCUCUGCUAACAAACACUGACGCACGCGGACCGUCACACACCGCAUUCACAUGAAGUGAAUAUAGCACAUGCACAUUCAUGUCACAACACACGUCAGUAACGUGACCCACUCACAGUAAACACAGGAAAUUAAAGCGAAAACAAUUUAUUCUUUAAAUCAGUUCAUUAAAACGGCGCCAAGUUAACGUGAUGUCGACAUGAUGUCCAGUUUCUCCUCGUCAGAAACCAAAGAAUCAGAACCAGUCAAUCGGCUGAUCAAUCACACCAAUAACUGAUCAGCUGUUUGUCCCCAACAAAUAAGAUCUAACCUCUGAGAAGAAGAAUCUGUCGGUGUGUCACGCUCUCCUGCUCCUCCUCCUCCUCCUCCUGCUCCUGCUCCUCCUCCUGCUCCUCCUGCUGCUCCUCCUUCUGCUCCUCCUCCUCCUCCUCCUCCUGCUCCUCCUGCUGCUCCUCCUUCUGCUCCUCCUCCUCCUCCUCCUCCUGCUCCUCCUGCUCCUCCUCCCUGUCAGUGGGCCUGUGGAGCCUCAGAAUGAUAAAAUGUGAUCAACUGUUUUCAAAGAAGUUGAAAAUAUAACUGCAGACAUCAAUAAGUCGAAUUUUACCUUUUGUUAUUUAUUCACAAGUCCUGGAGGACGUGUAUGUGCUGGUGAGACGUGGACGUGCUGGUGAGACAUGGACAGCACGGGAAACAUUUAGAAAUUUAAAGUGAAGCUUUACUGAGUGAAACCAGAACAAAAUUUUAUUCUUAUUCGUUUAAAUCGUCUCAGGAAAGAUGAUUUAUCUUUACAUCAGCAGAUUCUUCUUCACAGAUUUUAAAUCAGCAGUCACGUGUUGGACAGACAGACAUGUUACAUGUUACAGAUCCUGCUUUGGUCACACGUGUCCUCCCAGGUCAGUGUUUUGCUAUCAGAAUCAGCAGCGGAGACAAACAAACAUCCACAUCAGGACACAGAAUCUCCGCUGUUAGCCUCUAAUGUUGUAAUGAGACAGAUCAGGACAGGACAGGACAUCAGAUUGUCCCGGUGCUUCUUCAGUCGAGCUGAGACGAGCCACCGACAGGGAGACGUUCAGGGACCUGCAGGAAAUCUGAGCGCUCACCUGUCCGCCUCGCCGUGGUCCGGGUGAGGAGCGCGUCCCCGGACAGGACCGGGUGUGUCCUCUGAAAUCCGAUGAACCGUUUGUCCCUGUGACACGAAGCCAAACCCGUCACUGGUCAGAGGACGUGAAUCCACAGUUUGUACAGAUGAAUGUUGUGAUUUCAGCAUGAGUUUGUUUUCUACGGACACUAAACGAAAAGAGACAGAAGUCCUUUCUAAUGUUUAUGACAAAUAGAUUCAUGUUUAUUUUAUAUGAUGUAAACAAAACAAUCCGAGCUCAUUCAUUUAUGUUGAAAGCUCUGAACAAUAACUUCCUGUGGAGGAAGGCGCGUGUGUGUGCGCGUGUGUUCGAUACCUCAGACCUGCUGGUGCUCACCAUGACAUCAUUAUGACAUCAUCAUGACAUCGCCGCCUGGCGUCGAUCAGACCGAGACGUGACCCCCGGAGACAACGCCCGAAUGUCCCGGUGAAGAGCGGAGCCUGAGGACAGAGGCGUGGCGUGUCUUUAAAAUGACAGAAAAUAGUGAAAAAUGCACGUGGAGCCAUUUCACCGGUGACGGCGGCGUCAGUCAUCAGGACGCAGACUCAGGUACAGGUCCCAGCUCGGGUCCUGGACCUGGACAGACUCAGUCCCUGUGAUGGGAAACAGGACAAGUCCUAGAGACAAGUGUUGAUUGAUUAAUAAUCGAUGUGAGUGUGGGCGGGGUCAGAAGCUGAUUAAGUAUUGAUGUUUUAAACGUGACAUUUUUCACUGUUCUCUGACACUUUAUCAGUUUCAAGAAAGACACGUGACGCUGAGGACAGCGUGUCUCCGCCCUGGUGUCCACGGUUUUUUUUUUCUUUGGUGAAUUCCUCAGUUCAGACCAUGAAUCUCUGACCUGCAGCAUCAGAACAUGAGUCACUGUGGAAACCAGAGCUGAAGCAGCGGGAGGCAGGUGAAGUGUCCAUCAGUCCUCUUAUGUCCGUUAGGUCCUGAAUCUGUCCACGAGGCGUGGACUCGGUCAGGAGCUGCUGCUCUCAGCUCUGUCCUGAGCUCGGUGAGGACAGUGAGGACGCUGCUGGUCCAGUUCAGACUGUGUUAAUCUGUUUGACUGGAAAAUGUCCACAGAGCAGCAGAGUCCCGUCUGACAGGUGUGAUGUUCACAGGUGUUGAAUGGACUCACCUGCUGUUUUAUAUUUAAUGUGAAAACCGAUAAAUGUUCUAUUUAUUUCAGUAAAACCCCCAAACUGGCGACAGACACCGCGGUGCGUUCACUGCCCGCCUGUCCGCGGUGGGAUUUCUGCUUUCUGAUGGGUUGUUGAAUCAUUGUACAGAAGAAAAUGUUCUGCUGUUUCCCCUGAAAUAAAGUGACGGCUCUGCACCGA